AUGGACGAUGAAAAAUAUUUUACUUUGUCCAACUCUGAGAUGAAGGGUAACGAUGGGUUAUACACGAACGAUUACGAAAAUGUACCUGAUGAAAUAAAAUUCAAAAGUAAGAAAAAAUUUGAGGACAAAAUUUUGGUAUGGUGUGCAAUUUCUGAGGCUGGCUUUAUCUCACAGCCCUACAUUAGUGUUGUUCGAGGCGAAGCCUUAAACGCAAAUAUUUAUAUUCAAAGAUGUCUCUCUAAAUUGCUUCAGUUUGUAAACACACAUCAUGCAAAUGAUCAAAUAGUCUUUUGGCCAGAUCUUGCUUCAUGUCAUUACGCGAGGAUCACAAGGGACUGGUACGAAACUAACAACAUUACCUUUGUACGGAAAGCAAACAAUCCCCCCAACCUACCUCAGGCUCGUCCAAUUGAAGAGUUCUGGGCAAUAUUAAGUCGGAAAGUCUAUAAUAACGGAUGGGAAGCACAAAAUCAGGAACAGUUAAGACGCCGCAUAUAUCCAAAAAUUAGAGAAAUUGACGCCGAGGUUCCAAAGGAUGAUGCAACGUGUCAGGGGAAUUAUUAG